ACCUCUUACAGGGCAACAGUUGCGCGCUGCAAGUUUUCGAGGGGGAGAGAAGUCUCCGAAGUUACAGAACAAGGAGCCAUUUGGAGUGGUCCCUGGGGCAACUUUCCAUCCCCAGCACGGAUGCUCUACAGUCUGUAAGACUGGGUGCGGAUGCAUUUAACACGCUUGAGAAUUUAGGGCUAAGAUGCUUCGAUGCAUCUCUGGGACAAUUUGCAUUAACUUGGAUGGAACUUAUAAAGAGAUAAUUGGAACAAACUUUUUUCCUGAAACAUUCAACUGAUCGAUCCCUGGCUAUUUCAAUAAUGUGUUUACAUUAGUAUUGUUCUGUUGUGGGAAUUUAAAUAAUGCAAAGACAAGCUGAUCAAGUGAAACGUCGUUCAAGCACCAAUCCUUCCAUUCGGAUGAGAAAUGUUGAUAUUGCUAGAGGAAGAACUGGGUAUGGAUUUACUCUUUCUGGACAAGCUCCAUGCGUGCUUAGCUGCAUUCUCAAAGGAAGCCCAGCACAUUUUGUUGGGCUCAAAUCUGGUGAUCGCAUACUGAGUGUCAAUGACAUUAAUGUUUCUAAAGCCUCUCAUGAAGAUGUAGUGAAACUGAUAGGACAGUGCACAGGUGUACUUCGGCUUGUCAUUGCUGAUGGUAAUAACCACGGUGAUACAGGUUCCAGUGAUGAAGAACUUAAUUUCAGUGAAGACAGAGUGUCAUGGGUGAACAAUAAGCCGAAGUCCAAAAUAUUGGGACUGAAUAGAGCUGAAAAGGUUGUUGCUGAUGUACAGUCGGGUGGGAUUUUUAAAAUGCUAUUUGACAAUUCCAAUAACUCAAGAAAAUAUGGUAGGAACUGUAUACAGCAGCAAAGACAAGGCACUGAAAAAAUCAGUGGGUUUCCUGUUAGUCGUAAAAGUGCAAAAAAGAACCAUAAUUCACUUUCUGAAGAAGAAGUACAGAAGGUGUUGUAUGAUGACUCUGUUUUUGUCAAUGGUCUUGAAAGCCAAGAUGGAUUUGUUCUAGAUGCUAGCAUUUUGAAUGUUGGGAUGAUUGUAGGCUACUUGGGUUCCAUAGAAUUGCCUUCAACAAGCUCAAAUCUGGAAAAUGAUAGCCUCCAGGCUAUCCGUGGGUGCAUGCGACGUUUGCGUGCUGAGCAGAAGAUUCAUUCCCUUGUCCUGAUGAAAAUAAUGCAUGAUUGUGUUAAACUUUUUAAUGAUAAACAUAGUGUGUUGGCUUUAUACCCAGCAGAAAAGUUGGCCUUCAGUGCUGUGUGUCCUGAUGACCGGAGAUUCUUUGGUCUGGUCACUAUGCAGAUGUUUGAUGAUCAGAGCCUUGCUGCUGACAAUGAAGGUGGAUUGCGGACUUCGUGUCAUGUCUUCAUGGUCGAUCCAGAUCUUUGUCAGCACAAAAUUCAUCAGGGAAUUGCUAGGCGUUUUGGUAUUGAGUGUACACCAGAUCCAGACGCCAGUGGCUGCUUGGAGUUUCCCCCUUCCUCUCAACCUGUUCUUCAGUUUGUAUCAGUGUUGUACAAGGACAUUGGGGAAUCAUUUGAAAGUGCACGUACAAGAGCUUUUCUUGAUGGAGACUCCUCUGAUGGCCAGCAGAACAACAGUAUAAGUAGUAACAGUGAUAGUGGAAUUGGAUGCCAUAGUCAGGAGGAAAAGAAUAAUCGGGUUCUAGUUGUUGAUCUAGGGACUAGUUCAAACAAACAUGCUCCCAGUGCUGCCUGGGGUAAUGCACAAGGUAAAGGACACAUUCAAGGUACUCAGUGGAAUGGUUGUCGUCAGGAUUUGGAAAACAAAUUUCUUGCAUCUCGACUUUCAGAGUUGGCACAGAAUGAAUGCUCUUUGCAUAAUGGUAAUAGACACCUUAUUCCUUCCCGGCUUGACAUUCCAGGAACAUCCCCACGGUCUGUGUAUAAUUCAACUAAGAAAUCCGAUGUUGUGAGCAGUGUGCCUUGUGGGACUCCGAGAUGGCUUCCUCUUCAUGUCCAUAAGGAUUGGCAGUACUGUAGCAGUAGUGAUCAGGAUUCCUAUGCAGAAUCCACAGAUGGAUUAUCCAGUGUCAACUGUAGUACACUGAAGAAGGAUCUUCCUCCUCCAAUGAGCAAGAUUCAGACAGAAAAGUAUAGGGUCGGAAGUGGCUUAAGCCAGCCUUUUCGAAAUGUAGUUCAAAAGAAUGAACUGACCAGUAAACUGUUUGGCGUGGAAAAAAUGUUUGGGAUACAACAAAAUAACAAGAAAAGCAAAGAUAACAAGGGUGCAAAGUUUUCUGCACUUUCUGUUGGAUUCUUACAAGCUGCCCAACGUUCUUCUAUCAGGAGAUCAUAUGGAAGAUCAAAGCGUUUUAGUAUAACCCGGUCUUUGGACGAUUUGGAAAUAGCAGCCGUCUCCGAUGGAGAGUUAAAUGGUGCUGAUCUCAAGAAUUACAACAGUGAGAACAGUAUCAACAGCAAUGCCAGUCUUCCCAGUGUUCAAAGCUGCAGAAAACAUGCAGAACGACAGGUAGCUAGCUGGGCUGUGUCCUUUGAGCGACUCCUACAAGAUCCAGUCGGCAUCAGAUAUUUCUCAGAGUUUCUGAAGAAAGAAUUUAGUGAAGAAAACAUAUUGUUCUGGCAGAACUGUGAGUACUUCAGCCAAAUCCCUCAGCAUGACAAGAAGCAGCUUUUGUAUAGAGCUCGGGAGAUCUACAACAAUUUCUUAUCCAACAAGGCAGUCACUCCCGUCAAUAUCGACAGUCAGGCACAGUUAGCUGAUGAUAUCAUCAAUGCACCACACCCAGAUAUGUUUAAAGAGCAACAGCUACAGAUUUUUAGCCUGAUGAAGUUUGACAGCUAUACUCGUUUUCUGAAAUCAACAUUAUACCAAGAAUGUAUGUUAGCAGAAGUGGAGGGCCGUGCCUUACCUGAUCCUUGUCAGAUACCUUGCAGUCCUGCCUCAAAGCACAGUGCCAGCUCGGACCGGUCCAACCUUUCUACCCCAAACAAGUCUAGCACAAAACCUAAAUCAAGCAGGAUACUAAACAGUGAACUUGAAGAUGACAAUGGCAAUAAAAAGAAAACAUUUUUUUCCUGGUCACGAAGGAGUCUGGGACGAAUUCAGAAGAGGAAAGAGAAUGGAGACUCGCAUGCUGACCUCUCUGCAAGUAAUGGGCUGUCUCAGUGGCAUCGUGAAUCAUUUGGAUCCAUUUCUUCAUCCACUAGCACAGAGUUGAUAACGGCUGGCUGUCCAGGAAAUAACAGACAAGAGUAUGAUUCCACCAAAGUGCCUGUGACAGAGAGAGAAAAGUCUUCAAAAUACUGCACUGUGAUUCUUCCAGAUGGUUCCUUGCACACAAUUUCAAUCCAAUCUGGUGUUUCUAUUCGACAACUGUUGACUGAUCUGUGUGAAAAGUUACAAAUUCAAUUAGCAGCCAUUGACCUCUUUCUGGUCGGAGGUGACAAGCCUCUUGUACUUGAUCAAGACUGCUGCACAUUAAAUUCAAGGGAGAUUCGAAUAGAGAAGCGAACUCUAUUUCGACUCGACCUUGUUCCUAUAAAUAGAUCAGUUGGUUUAAAGGCCAAACCUACCAAACCAGUGACUGAAGUGCUCCGACCAGUGGUGGCAAAAUAUGGCUUGAAUCUCAGUGAAUUAGUGGCUAGAAUUAAUGGGGAAUCUGAAGCUUUAGAUCUUGGAGUUCCUAUCUCUAAUCUUGAUGGACGCCGUGUUGUUCUUGAUGUUGCAGAUCCCGUUAAGGGGAAAGACAGACAGAAGAACACAGGAGAGAAAGUGAGCUCUUCCAAUAAUGGCACACAAAGUCAAGCUGAAAAGGAGGACGGAAGACCUCUGGGAAAACCUCCUUCGGUGAAAGUGAAAGGAGAGAAUGGAAAAUCUUCCAAAGAUGCACAACUUUUGAAGAAAGAAGAAUUAAUUCAAAGGACAAACAGGAAGAAACAGCCAAAGCUAAAUAUGGAUGAAGUGGAAGAGUUUUUUGACCUUCUGUCCAAAGCUCAGAGUAACCGAGUAAAUGAUCAGCGUGGACUUCUGAAGAAAGAGGACCUGAUCCUCCCAGAUUUUCUGCGCCUAAAGCCAAACGUAUCUGAACCUGGUUUCUCCACACCUGUGGCAAGUAAAGGAAAUGGUAGAAAGAGAGAGGAAAGGAGCCAAAAUUUGCACAAGAGCAUAAUGGCUAGUAAAUUAGAUCAUGCAGACUCCAGCACAGCUAAUUCACCUGCACUGAAUUUUAAUGAAAACUCCAACAACGUGAAAGUCAAGCCAACUCAUCAACAUGAUAACUGUCAUCGGCCUGUGUUAGUGCCACCCAACUAUGUAAAGCCAGACAUUAAGCAGACUAAUGAUGCUCCUUUCCAUGUGCCGGUCUCUCCUAUUCCACACGUCAAUGAACAAAGGUGGGAAAAGCAGUCUGCAGAUGGGCAGUCGGAAACCAUACAGCCUUACGAGGAUGAGAAUGCAUUUGAUCUGACUCUGGUGGCAGAAGGUGAUAUCAAUAGCCCAAACAGUACAUUAUUACCGCCCCUGCCAACACCACCAUCCACUGUCAGUAAACUGGAGGUAGCUAACUAUACUCCACCAACUCCAUACACAGAUGGUCAGGAGAACUCUUCACACUGCAGAUCCACUUCAGAUUCGACAAAGGAAAGGGGAAAGAUUGUGUGGAUGAAGCCUCCUUGCCUUGAGCAGAGUUCUGACACACAGACACAGAGAAGUGUAAACACCACUGCCUUGACUGCAAGCACUAACCAUUCCCAGAUGGGACUUCCUGUAAGCAAGAUUAUUGACAUUGAUGGCAUGAAAUCAGGAGACGCUGGCGCAGUAACCGAAGGCUCGGAUGGGAAUCUGAGUUUUGAAGGAUAUAUUUCUGAACUGAAAUGUUGCCAGGGAAGAAUGCGUACAGGAGUUUAUCAGAUGUCAGAACUACCAUCGCUGAUUACGGUAAAGAGUGAAAGAAGCAAGACUUUGGAGGCACGACACAAGGCUACGUUUGUCUGAAUCCAUGACACAGAAAAAAGUCAUUAUUGCCUUAAACGCUAUUUGGAAAACUAAGAUUAAAAUUGAAUUGUUAACAACUCAAUAAUUAGUGAUCAAAAUUUAAUCACCUUCUCUCCCCAGAUCUAAUUUAGGUAUAUUAAACAAAUAUCACUCAGUAUCAUCAUGAAAAAUGUAAAACCUUGAGAAAUAAUAUCUGUUGAUGUUGGACUAAAAGAAGAAUAAUUAAGUUGAUUUUAAAAUGUAUGAUUGUAGUGGACAGACCAGGCAAGUAAAAUAUUGACAUUUUCCCUCGUAACUUAAUUACUCCAAGCAGCCAAGACUUUUGUUAGAGUAAAUAUAUUAAUGUGAAAAUGUUAUAUGUAAAUUUAGAAUGAAUGUUAUUAUGUUAAUCCUUUGUUGAUUCUUCCUCGUGUGUGUUUGAAUAUUUCUCCUGAGAAUUGAGAACAGGAUUGCUUACAUUACUGAAAAUAAUAUCUGAUCUUCAUGAUGGCUAUAAUGUGUCCCUGUGUGUGUGUGUCUCUAUAGAAAGAAGUAAAUUCUACUGAAUUGUCCUACAAUCCAAAUAGCAGAAACACGUUCCCUUACUGGCAUAUCAGGUGUGCCUUGCUGCAAGGUUUCAUAUAUUUGGGUUUGGUGACUGAACUGACAUUUUUUAAUUCGAAGUCCUACGUAUGUAAUUUGAUGGCGUUUCGUUCAAGUAGUAUCAGUGAUGUGCAGUCUGAGGACGAUGGCAGCAGUUUAAGGCAGCAGCUCACCAUCAUCUCUCAAGAGCAAGUUGGGACAAGGAAUUAAUCCUUGUCUUACCCAUGCCACUGACAUUCCGUAAAGAUGGAAGAGAAUAAUGUUGCGAGAAUAGAGUUCUUAUGGAGUCCCCAGCCCAUCCGCUCAAAAUGAGAGAGGGCAGGCAUGACAAAAAGACAUACAGUCCACAAAAACCCAUCUAUUCAGCAGGCAAGCUGCUUUCUAAUAGCUUCCAACCAUUUUAAAUGAUUUUAACAUCUCUCUCACCACUAUUGUUCUGAAUUUAUUUCUCCUUAAUUUUUGAUUUCUGGUUCUGUCAUUUUGUCUUAUUUCAAAAUAUGGUUCUGGAUUUAUCUUGGCUGGGUAGUUGGGAAAAAAACCAAAGGUGAGAUGGUGUCAAGCAUUAUUUUUGCAACAAUAUGUUCUGACCUGGAAUGUGCUGCUCACAAGAAUAGUGGAAACAAAUCAAAUAAUAACUUUGCAAGGAAAUUGGAUAAGUACUUGGAAGGGGAAAUGUUUGCAGAAUGCGGAAAGAGCUUGGGGAAUCAGGGUCUAAUUGGAUAACACAACAGGCCCUGUUUCUCUGGUGCUUUUUUCUAAGCCAUAUUAUUUUAUAUACUUUAGCAAGUCCUUCAUUAACAACACCUUUAUUUCUCUGGUCAGCGGACUGCAGGAUUCCUACAUUUACCUCAGGUUUCUGUCGAAAUCGCAGAAAUCAUUGCAAGUCAUACAGCAUGGAGACAGGCCCUUCAGCCCACCGAGUCUGUGCAGACUCUUCAACACUCAUUCACACCAACCCCACACUAGUCCUGUUGAUUUUUAUUCUUCCCCACAUUAACAUCAACUACCACUCACCUACACUCUAGGAGCAAUUUAGAGUGGACAAUUAACUGACUGACCUGCAUGUCUUUGGGAUGUGGGAGAU